GGCCGAGGUCGCGGGGCGCUCGGCGGGCACCAGCCAUGGGGUGUAGUGAGGUGAGGGCAUUGCUCUGGAGAGUCGGCCUCUUCCUCCCCCUGCUGACAGCGAGCCCCGCCGCCGGGCACGUCGCCAGCAACCACGUUGUGUUACUUGAUACUACAACUGCCCUCGGAGAGCUAGGAUGGAAAACAUUUCCCUUAAAUGGGUGGGAUGCCAUAACUGAAAUGGAUGAACACAACCGUCCCAUUCACACUUACCAGGUGUGCAACGUGAUGGAGCCCAACCAGAACAACUGGCUGCAAACCAACUGGGUCUCCCGCGACGCCGCGCAGAAAAUCUACGUGGAGAUGAAGUUCACCCUGAGGGACUGCAACAGCAUUCCCUGGGUGCUGGGGACCUGCAAGGAAACAUUCAAUCUCUACUACGUGGAGUCAGAUGAGCCUCAUGGAGUAAAAUUCAAGCCAAACCAGUACACUAAAAUCGAUACCAUAGCUGCUGAUGAGAGCUUCACCCAGAUGGACUUGGGCGACCGCAUCCUCAAGCUCAACACGGAGGUUCGUGAAGUUGGGCCGAUCAACAAGAAGGGAUUUUAUCUUGCUUUUCAGGACAUUGGAGCAUGCAUUGCAUUGGUGUCAGUCCGUGUCUAUUACAAGAAGUGCCCUUUCACGGUCCGUAAUUUGGCCAUGUUUCCUGACACCAUUCCAAGGGUGGAUUCUUCCUCGCUGGUGGAAGUACGGGGCUCCUGCGUGAAGAGUGCUGAAGAACGGGACACCCCAAAAUUGUAUUGUGGGGCAGAUGGGGAUUGGCUGGUGCCGCUGGGACGAUGCAUCUGCAGUGUGGGAUAUGAAGAACUGGAGGGUUCCUGCCACGCUUGCAGGCCUGGAUUCUAUAAAGCAUUUGCUGGAAAUGUGAAGUGCUCCAAGUGCCCUCCACACAGUUUGACUCACGCAGAAGCAACUUCUGUCUGUCAGUGUGAGAAAGGUUAUUUCAGAGCUGAGAAGGACCCACCAACUAUGGCAUGUACCCGGCCGCCUUCUGCUCCGAGGAACGUGGUUUUUAACAUCAACGAAACAGCUCUGAUGCUGGAGUGGAGCCCCCCGAGCGACACCGGAGGCAGGAAGGAUCUCACCUACAGCGUCAUCUGCAAGAAGUGCGGGUCGGACGCCAGCCAGUGCGAGAUCUGCGGGGGAGGCAUCCGCUUCAUCCCCAGGCACACAGGGCUCAUCAACUCCUCCGUCACCGUGCUCGACUUCGUGUCGCACGUCAACUACACCUUCGAGAUAGAGGCCACCAACGGCGUCUCGGAGCUGAGCUUCUCCCCCAAGCAGUUCACGGCCAUCACCGUCACCACAGACCAAGACGCACCCACCUUGAUAGGUAUGGUAAGGAAGGACUGGGCUUCCCAAAACAGCAUUGCCCUCUCCUGGCAAGAGCCGGACUUUCCCCACGGAGCAAUUCUGGACUACGAGAUCAAGUACUAUGAGAAAGUCUACCCACGGAUAGCGCCGGCAUUUUGGCACUACCUGCGGGUAGAAGAGCAUGAGCAGCUCAGCUAUUCCUCCACAAGGUCCAAGGCUCCAAGUGUUAUCAUCACAGGUCUCAAGCCAGCCACCAAGUACAUAUUUCAUAUCAGAGUCAGGACGGCAGCAGGAUACAGCGGCUAUAGCCAGAAGUUUGAAUUUGAAACUGGAGAUGAAACUUCUGAUAUGGCUGCAGAGCAGGGACAGAUUCUUGUAAUUGCCACUGCUGCUGUUGGUGGAUUCACUCUCCUGGUCAUCCUCACUUUGUUCUUCCUCAUCACUGGCAGAUGCCAGUGGUACAUAAAGGCGAAAAUGAAAUCUGAGGAGAAAAGAAGGGCUCAUUUGCAAAAUGGACACUUACAUUUCCCAGGACUCAAAACAUACAUAGAUCCAGACACAUAUGAAGAUCCAUCUCUUGCUGUCCAUGAGUUUGCCAAGGAGAUUGAUCCUUCAAGAAUUCGUAUUGAAAGAGUCAUUGGGGCAGGGGAGUUUGGAGAAGUGUGCAGCGGCCGCCUGAAGACACCAGGAAAAAGAGAGAUCCCUGUUGCCAUUAAAACUCUAAAGGGUGGCUACAUGGACAGGCAGAGGAGAGAUUUCCUGAGGGAGGCGAGUAUCAUGGGACAGUUUGAUCACCCAAAUAUCAUCCGCCUUGAGGGAGUCGUUACAAAAAGAUCCUUCCCGACCAUUGGGGUGAAGUCUCUUUCGAGAUUCCUGAGGGCGGGAUUUUUAAAUAGCAUCCUGGCCUCACAUCCAGUGGCAGGGGGUGGAUCUUUACCCCCCAGCAUUUCCUCUGGCAGACCAGUAAUGAUUGUAGUUGAAUACAUGGAGAACGGAUCCCUUGACUCCUUCCUGCGGAAGCACGAUGGGCACUUCACGGUGAUCCAGCUGGUCGGAAUGCUGCGGGGCAUUGCCUCUGGCAUGAAGUACCUGUCGGACAUGGGCUAUGUGCACCGGGACCUGGCAGCGCGGAACAUCCUGGUCAACGGCAACCUCAUGUGCAAAGUCUCCGAUUUCGGUUUGUCACGGGUGCUGGAGGAUGACCCCGAGGCCGCCUACACCACAAGUGGUGGGAAGAUCCCCAUCAGGUGGACUGCUCCCGAAGCCAUCGCUUACCGCAAGUUCUCCUCGGCCAGCGACGCGUGGAGCUACGGAAUUGUCAUGUGGGAGGUGAUGUCCUACGGAGAGAGGCCCUACUGGGAGAUGUCCAACCAGGAUGUUAUACUGUCCAUUGAAGAGGGCUACAGGCUUCCAGCUCCCAUGGGCUGCCCAGCUUCUCUCCACCAACUCAUGCUUCACUGCUGGCAGAAGGAGAGGAACCACCGUCCCAAAUUCAGUGACAUCGUCAGCUUCCUGGACAAGCUGAUCCGCAACCCCAGCACCCUUCAUACCCUAGUGGAGGAUGUACUGGUAAUGCCAGAUUCACCUGGUGAAGUUCCAGAAUAUCCUUUGUUUGUUUCAGUCAGUGACUGGCUGGAUUCCAUAAAAAUGGGUCAGUAUAAAAAUAACUUCAUGGCAGCAGGUUUCACAACUUUGGAUAUGGUUUCAAGAAUGAAUAUUGAUGACAUUAGAAGAAUUGGAGUUGCACUCAUUGGACACCAGAGACGAAUAGUCAGCAGUUUACAGACUUUGCGGUUACACAUGAUGCACAUACAGGAGAAGGGAUUUCACGUAUGAAAGUAAUAGAAGCAACUGUGUUUUGUGCCUCAGCAUUUCUAAAAUGGAAAAAUAUUCUCAUUCUUCCCUCCUGCUCUUCCCAACUUCAAGAACUGCAGUCUCCAGUUCAGACUAUGCGAGUACUUCUAUGUUAAUGCUUCCAAACCGGAAAUUUUAAUCACACUGCACAGCUCCUCCACCAGUUCUCUGCCGAUAAAAUCCUGGCCUACUGCGAGACUGUUGCUACACAUUGAUGAAUAACUCAGCAUGGAUGUGUAACUUUGUAUAACAGUAUUUGGGAAACUUUCAUGGACUUACUUGAAAGUAGUAAUCUAUUUGGCCUGGUGUGGCUUCUUUAUCGAUGUAUUUAGAAUUUGCUGGUAGAUCAAAAAGUAUUUGACUUCUUUCAUGUUCUGUGACCAUGUAACUUCCAACACCAAAUGUGCAAUCUAAAAGAAGUUUAACAUAAAUAUUUAUUUUAUCUCUUAAUUAAAUCCAAAUGUAUGUGUCCUAUCAUUAUAUUACUUUAUAAUUGUUUGAAUGCUGGUAAGCUGGUGCCUCAAAACAUUCGUAUUGUUUGCAGAAAUGACUGAUGAUUUUAUGUAGCGAGUUUUCAUUGUGUGAAUAAUUGGAAGCAUAGUGAGAGUAAUCUGUUUGAAAUCUUAAGGAAGGUUCGUGAUUUUCAAUUACUUUAGCACUCGACACUUUUUAUGCUUUAAAUUUUAGAUUAGAUUAGAAAACUUGUUUAUCCUUGGGAUUCCUCACCACCCUACAACCCUGUUUUGGGGUUUUCUUCAAAUGUAAUACUCAGCAUUUGCUUCAACUACUGGAAAACUGGUAGUAGCGUUCCCAUGACCACACAUAAAACACGGCUGUCAGCUCUGUUGUGGCACACACAUUUCAGAAAAGCUUUCUGUUUCAAACAUGCAGGUCUCUGCUGUUGGAUAGGGAAUCAUCUCCAGCAGCAGCAGCAGAGCUCAGAGGUCCAGCCAUGGGUGGGUUGAUGGGAUCAUUCCCAUGGGAGCAGGCCAGCCAUCUCCUCCUCCAGCCGAGGGCAGCCCUACAGCCCCACUGCUGCCGGAAGUUACAGGCUGCAGGAUGCAGUGACCUUACACAAAGGCAGAAAAGGAGAUGCAGGACAGCAGUGUGGUAAUAUGUUGCCUUGAGUCUACUUCUAACUGCUUUUAGAAGUUAAAAAGCAAACUCUGCUGAAAUGGAGCCCUGGUCACUCCAGGCCAGAUCUUCAUUUGAUACAGAUCUCUAAAGGACAUCCGAGGUAUUACCUUUAGAACCCUUUAAUAGCCAUAUUUACAUGCAAGAAAACGUCAGCGAAGGCCUAACAUAAUAUUUGUACCUCUCUAAGACUUCCAGCUUCCAUGUUUUGCCCACAGACGUGCUGGGCUACGUUUGCAAACCUUUGCAUGGGAUAUGCACUCCUGGGCACAGGGGCAGGACCGCAUGGCCGCGUGCCGUGGGAACCGCACGCAGAUCCGCAAUGCAUGUCACGCGUCACCCCGUGCAGACGCUUCUCCUCAUCCCUGCGUCCUUUGGAGGGCGUGUUUUGAGUUCCGCGGCAUUCCAACGCGCUCAAGCAUUUCAGCUCCUCUGUUAAAAGGUGCAUUUGGGUAAUUAGUAUAAUCUAUGUGUAUCUCAAAAGGAACUAACUGCUUUGUGUAAUCAUAAUGGUAUUUACUGCUUCAUUUACAGUUUGUAAAUCACAAGGUAUUUCCUAAGUCUUGGAAAAGGCUGCCAUUGUAUAUCAGUGACAAAGGAUGAAAAUCAGAAAGCAGCUCAGAAAAGAUUAUGCUUUCGACCAGAUCACAGAGUAAGACACACGAGGCCUGAUUCACUGUUGUCAAUUUAUGUUGGAAUAAUUGCAUUCAUUUAGGUGAGAUGACAGUAACGCACUAAGUAAAUCUUUCUUUCAUUAAACAAAAAAAAAAAAAGGGCAGAUGUAACUGAGGAGAAAGUUUUCUAAAGAUCAGGAGUCACUGGUGUUUUACAAUGCCAAUUUGAUGAGCUUGUUUAAAGAAGGGCAGCUUCAGUCCUAUCGUAGCUCCAGAGGUAAUUUUGUCAGCAGGAGUAUUCCCACUGAACUCAUCAGUCCAGCACAAGGACGUGAGUUUUGCAGGACCACAGCCCUUCAGUGGGGAAAAAAAAUAUUUGUUCUUUGCUGUGACUGUUAUUUGAAAAGUUCUGCCUGAAUUCCACAUCUGAUUAUGUUUUUGGUAGAGGUGCUCUUGCAGAAAGAAAACCAUACUUAACUGAAGCCUUUCUAAGAAUACUAACACACUACAGAGUAGUUUAAAAGUGGAUUUUGCUUCAUCAUUUUAUUAUCCAUUUUGCCUAUUGGUCCUUUCGUGGCCAACAACAGGACAUCUGUGCAAUGAGCCUUUCUCACAGUUAAAUCCAUUACUAAGGAGGUAUGAGUCUGCUAUCUGUUAAUGGGGUUUCAAAAUCAUUCAUAGCUGACCCAAACCAUGUAUGUGCACUUUUAGAUUGUCUUUUGCCAGAUUUUUCAUUCCUGAUAGUGAGAACGCAAAAUUGACAUUGUUACAUGCACACAACCUGGAUAUAUUUCAUGAAAAUUAAUUUCUAAAUUUAUCACACUACUGAAAAUAUUUUUUCAAUAGGAAAAAAAAAGUAUAACUACAGUAAAACAUUUAUUAAUCAGAUAUAUUUUUUAUAUAAACAAGAGUUUGGGUAACCAGAAAGGAAAGAACAAGGGAUUCUUUGAGUGAGCACAUUUGUUAGUCCAGGAUUUUGUGGGUUUAUGUAGCUUGUUUUCCUGUUGUUGUUAUGGUGCAGUAUGACACUUUUCUAAUAGUUCUCUUUAUGACAUUUACAUUUCCCCCACUUUUGGAAAUAUUUUAUUUGCUUUUGUGCUGAUUCCUGGUCUAUUCUUGCUUUAGUUUAGGGAUUUUUUUCAUGUUUUUUUAAUUUAAAAACAAAACAAAAAACAACCCUAACAGGUGUUAUUUUUCAAACAUGAGCUUAAUUCUGUACAGGCUACAAAUGUAUAUGUGAAAUUAGAGUAACUUUCUUUGUUACAGGAAUUUUUUUCUUUGGGAGAAAAUUAGCUCUAAUUAUCAUGCAUAUUGCAGUGUGCAGCUGGAGUUUAAAUUUGACAAAUUUAAGCAAAUUUAAUUGGCUGUUUUUGAGAAUCUGGCCCACAUUGCAGAGUGCUUUCUGACUAAAAAGUACCCACUGAAAGUUCAUAAAAUAAAGUACCUGCGAUAUGCAAGCAACGACAACACAGAAGUGUUAUAAUGUGGAUGCCAUAAAGAAAUAAUUCUUACCUGUUUCUCUGUAUUCAGUGAUAGCUCAUCCAUUCAAGCAUUUGUGCUUGGUCAGAUGAAUCUCAUGCCUUAACUGUAUCCAGUCAUUUGGCUGAGCCUGUGAAACGGAGAGGUCUUGCAUGACGUUCAUGGUGUUAAAGCUGAACAAGGUACAGCAGAAAGUUUAGUAGAAUUUACUCAUGAGGUGUUUGAACAUUGGAAUUACUAAGAAACGACAAGGUGAGGUGAAAGGAAGAGAACUGAGCCAUGUCAUUUCAAUUUUUCUCGAACAAAAUUUUCCCUUUCUGUUUCCCAUGAACUUAAAUCCAGUGUCUAUCCAAUGAAAGCUUAGAAACAUGCCAUGCUUCAGGACAUCAGACAGCAUAAAGCAAUCCUUUACUUGCAAACAGUGCACUCAACAAUAAAUUCAAAUGAAUUAGUUGUUCAUUCUGUGUCCAAUAUUCUGACACACAACUUAUAGACUGCAAUACUUUGAUUUUUACAUCACUUAAGACUGACUAUCCAUUUGCCAUUUUUUAUAUGAUGAGCCUAACACAGGGCUUCAUUAAUUUCUUUUUCAAUGCAGAUUCUUACAGGAUCCAAAGAUGGGUCAUAAGUAACUAACAGACCCUCUUUAUCCAGAAUCAGCUGAGAUUUGCCAUGAGGACUAGCUGGGACUGUGGAGGUGCCUAGUGAGACUGCAUUACCCACAGCAAUUUCCAUGUCAGAAUGACCCCAUGGGACCACAUCAGCCACCAAGGUAAAGCAGCACAGAACAUUCUUGACCUUGUAUUGAAGAGCAGUUCCUCAUUUCCAGCUGGCCCUGUUGUAAACUGCAGCAUUUAUUGAACUGUUUUACCUCAGCUGAUGGAAUGGUUCCAUGGGACACGUUCUGGCAGCUCAGAAUUCUCUUACAAAUAUAGGGUACCUGUAAGUAUCCUGUCAUGGGCUCACUCUGUCUUGGAAUAUUCCUUCAGAGAGUGGAAAGCAGGACUUGCCUCUAAUCCGGUCCAAUAUUUCUUUAGUUAAAAUCAUAAUAAAAAGUCUGUCUUCCAUUGCAUGUUCCAGGAAAAGUACUAAAAUUAGAGACACUGGUGGCAUUUGCACAUGGUUGAAGAACUCUGUACUCAGUUAAACAGUUUUCUUCCAGAAUACUCUUGUUCACCAAUUGUAAUGAAUCUUUCCUGAAUAAAUGGCAAAGAUAAGUUCGUUUUUAUAAUAGUACUAUAGUUAUUUUUUUGAGAGUGAGGGAAAGACGUGUUGGGCUGGGCUAACUCUUAGUAGGACAAUGAUCUCAAAAUCUCUUGGGGAGACAAAUGAAUCAGCUCUGAAACGGGGAAAAAAAAAACCAAAAAUCCUCCCUAAAACCUACAAUAAGGUAAAAAGGGAAGAACUGUCCAUGCUAUGCCAAGGAGCUCUAACAAAAACCCAAGAGACACUGCCAGGUGCUUACAGCUGACAAAAUUUUCUACCAUCACAUCCUAUAUUUAAUAGUGCACACUGAUCAUCCAUGAGUGUUGUAUAUAACUCCUCAGAUUAUGGACCAGGAUAUGGUGAACAAGUUGUGGUUAUAUAAAAUAUUUGUCUAUAUGUACAUAAAGAACUGUAAAUAGAAUGUAUAUCGUAAUACCAGAUUUUUCAAACCUACAGAACUAAUUACCAACAACAGUAAUGGGGUUUAUUUGCUCCAUUAGCUUUUAAAAUUUUUAGUGGCAUGCACUGUGUGGGUAUAGUUCUUCCCAAAAUUCCUUGGCUUGUUAGGUGGAAAUGGACAGCCUCUCUUUUCCUCCACUGGUAGAAAAAACAUUUUCAAACUGCUCACCCUUCUGCUGCCACCUCACCCAACCCCCUCCUGCUGAUUCUCUUCCAUUCUGCCAAUUACUGUAGAAAUUAGUGAUUCCAAGGGGGAAGCAAGGUGCCCAUGGGCCAGGAAGAUGGAGUCCAUGCUAUAAAGAGUUUUCAGUUCCUCUGCUGAAAUCACCAAAGAUGUUUACAGAAUAUAUAAAUUAUUUUCUUUUAAAUGGCCGUUUACAGACACGUAGGAGGUUAAAUGAGGGAAAUUUUCAUGGCAAGAUGAGUAAGGAUAUGCCAACAUACAGUAUAAAAAAGAUAUGCUGAAUUUUAGAAGGGAAAACCAACAACAAUGGUUGAUGAAAAACCUACGGUUAAAAUGAUGGAUUACAGUAUAUUUCCAUAUUUUAUAUGUGAAGUAAUGUAACACCAGUUCAGUGAAAUGUGUAUGUGUAUAUUUUUUUAAAUACUCCUGCAUGUGUAUAUCUUACUUUCCUUUCCUGCAAGAGAUUUCCCAAGUACCUUUCUCUUCCAGAAAGGUUUAGCAUAUUAUCGGAUAUUUUCAUACCUGGAUAAUUAAACUGGAACAAAAAAUGCAAGUUCUGACAGUGAAGAUGUGGGCAGAACAACAGAAUUAAAAAGAUCAGUCUGAAAGUAAUUUAAAAUUUUCACAUCUGUUCUACUUUGUUCCUGUCCAAAAUUUUUACCUUUAUCUAUCUGAGAACUUGUUCUGCACACCUCUCAGUGCCAUCUCAGAAACUCCUGAAUCUGUAAACACUUCUGAGUUUGUGCAGCUUAAUUUGUAUAAAAAGGCUAAUUUGAAAUGGGACUUGACACAAGACUAGAGUUAGGCAUAACCAAAAGUCAAAAUCCCUAUAUAGUAUCUGUAAGACAUCAUGAGACAACAUAUUUUGCCAUCUUAUAGUAACACCUCUUCUGAACUAUGGGAUGUCAAGGGACUCAGGAGAAAGUAACCUUGAAUCUAGAAUCUGGAAAAUCAUGUUUGGGAGAAAUCUGCUUUGGAACCCAAAUAUUAAUUUCUGGUUAUGGAUGAUGAAAAAGUGCCCAGUGAAACUAUGGACUAUUUUCAUAGUAUCAUAACCAUAAUGCUCUGAGUGAUAAGAAGAAAAAAAAAAUAAUUUCUGAUCUUUCAGUAUCCAGCCCAGGACAAAAAAACAGAUACAGUUGUCAUAACUUAUAUUAGAAUGUCCAGCAGACAGAUUCUGACUGGCUAAUUUUUCUUACAGCUACAUACUUUCUUGAGAGGAACCUAAAUAAACAGUAAAAGUAGAAGUCUCCAGUUAAUAUUGGCUUAGAAACCAAGUUUUCAGUUUUCUCUCAUUCAAACUGAGCUUUAACCAAAAAUUAUUAGGAGGAAAAAGGAAAAGCAUAAUAGGAUUUCUAUUUUUUUUUUUUUCUUUAAGAAGCUGUGUGGUCUGAGCUGUAUAACUUACCAUCACUGUCUCUUUGUGUACAAUAGGAUUAGCUGGAAAAGACAAAGUGCAGCCAGUGUUCCAAAUCUGUAGAUUAUUUACAUCACUAAUUGUCAAUUUGGGAAGUUCCAUUUUUGUCUUGGGCAAGUUCUGCUCUAAAACACCCAGUAUUUCCAAAUCCUGCUGAAUGAUUUUAAAGAACAUCUGGAUUAAUUCCUGGGACAGUGAUGUGACUGUGAGGAAUUAAAAGUUUCUGUGUCAAUAGGCAAUAGUCUUGCUGUGAUCCAAAUUCAUGAGAGUUUGUUACCGACUUCCAUGGCAGUGGGAUGAAGCCCAGUAUCCAUAUAUGCUGCAAACAGACUCUUCUUUCCUGCACCCCACUACUGCCAUGGGCAAUUUGUUGUUAGAGAGCCAGCACUUACUGGGACACGAGCUGUCUUCUUGUUUAAAUGGAUUGCUAAAAGUUUUUGCUGGUUUUAAUUGCUCUGUUGAAGCAUUUCAGGUUGAGAUGUAGGUUGGUCCCUCAGGGCACGAUCCAAAGUCAGUUGUACCCAUAAGAAGGGGACAGGUGGGUGAAACGGGUUUUGAAUCAAAGGUUUCUACAGAUUUUCCUAGAACAGAUGGCCUCGUUUAAUGGGGAGAAGAGAGUGCACUGAGCCUAAAAGACAAGGCUGCUGCCUCAGGGAUGUGAUCAAGUAGGCUGUGGUCACCUUCAGUAUGGAAAAAGUAAAAUACGAAAGUUGGGUGCUGCAGUGUUUGGUUUUUUCUCUGGAAUGGGCGGUCAACUCUGACAUUGAAAUCAGUAACCUAAAUGACCUACACAUCUAAUAGGGGAUCUAGCAGAAAUGGUCUGGGCUGGUGGGGUUUUUCUCCCCAGAUAAUUUCCCAAGCUUCUGGAUUUAAAUUCAGGAUGAAGCCACUAGCCCCAUCAAACAAACAGAACCCCCAAAACAAAUAGGACUUUCCUAUCUUUCUUCUUUUCCAAACAUAAAUCAGGAUGCAAUAUGAUCUUCCUUUCAUAAUACAAGUCUGGCUGAUGAUUUGCCUCUUUGAACAAGCUGCUUCAUACUCCUGGUGCACUGCAGGGAGUGUUUUCAGAUUUGCCAGUUAAUGAAUGGCACAAUAGCAAAUAAGAAAUGCCCUCUUAGUGGUUCCAUUUAUUGGAUUCUUUCAUUAAUUCCCUAUCUGAAGAAAACCAUCCCACUCCAAGAUUUCCUAAUAAGAAAACUGGAAGCAUUUUACGGCCUAGUGGCCAUGAUUCCCUAUCUGCCUCUCCCAAAGAAACAGUGAGUUUUGAAUUGGCAGUGUAGCAUUUUUGCUGCCAUUUCUUCUGCAGCAAUUUCUUCUCCCAACUUUUCUAAGUAAGGUUAAAAGGUCUCUUUCACACUAAAAGUGGGAAAAGCUGUUUCUUUGUUAACUCUUGUGACAGGAUUCAGUGUUUGUUGCUCUUACCUAGAGCCUUCCAUCUGCUUCUGUUGAGGCCGAUAUCAACAUUCUCUGGUGGCAUCAGUUACAUCACACACAGCACUGCCGUGACUGAAAACCCAGAGACAUAAAAAGGGCUCAUUCUUCUCUGGUGUGGUAUAAAUCCUACUGACUUCGGGAACUUCUCUGCACUUCUCAGGAUUGCACCUGCAGUUUAGCAAGAAAAAAAAAAAAUCUUUAAAAGAUCACGUGAAACCCUGUUUACUGAAAGGCAAUAGUUUAUUUUCUAGCAAAGCAACAUUCACUGAUCCAGUUGAAAUUAACAGUUUUCAUUUUGUCAUCACUUUUUUUACAAAACAAAUCACUUUGACUUUCAGAAAAAAAAGAUACAAAAAGAAUAUUUUACUACCUUCCAAACAUUAGCUUUGAUUUACUUUUGGAAGAUAACAUGGUUGGUAUGUUUUCUCAGGAUAGCCUCUAUCUAUUUCUGUGUGUUGGUUUUAAAUGUAUCUGAAUUAAAAGGGGUUUUAAUCUCUGUCUCUUCUGUGAAAUUAGAUUGUACAAAACUAAAUAUGACUGCUCUUCAUAGUUUGCUGUUCUAGCAUAGCCAUAAAAUGUAUCAAUGUAUGUGUAUAUAUGAAUAAAUAUUUGAGGACCGACACUUUAGAUUAUAUAUUUAAGCAGCCAUGUCAAAACUCCAGAGGUAGAUGGCUUCAAAAGCAAUGGUAUAAUCCUAAUACUCGCAAAUUAUUUUACAAAAUCAAACCAUGGCCUCAGCACAGAUCUCAUGUCCUUACCAGUAGUCUGAAACCCACCUUUUCUUUCAAGACCCCUGCUAAGGUUUGUUUUGCCAUUGCUUCUUUAACCAAGACGUGUUUGAAUAAUGACAACUACCUGAGGCUCUGGCUUCCACCUCCAUCGGUCUGAGCUCGUGUGGCACUGGAGCCGCUCGCUCUGGGAGACUGAACAUUGCACAGCCAGUGUCGAUGCUUCCCCCUGGGACUGCCUCACCCCUCAAAAUUAGUUAUCUUCACCUAAUCUAUCUCCCAUACACGUCCCACUGCAUUUUCUGUCUGCCUGUUUAUAACGGUGCUGUAGGAAUAUCCAUAUAAUUAAAAGCUUACCCUACUGAUUUGCAGUCCCAAGGGGAAUUUACAUUAGACGUGAAGUUGUUAUUAUUUACUGAAAAGUGGUGUUAUCUCCUUUUCUUUAUUAUUAUGAUUCUAUUCCUAUGAUACUAUGAUGUUUCAUGUAAAUUUUCAUGUGCUGGCAUGCCUACGAGUUAAUAGUGUAAUAGAAUGCUCAGCUCUCAACAUUAGAGUGUUUUUAAGGUGAAUUGCAUCACAUAUGCCAUCUCUUUGCAGAAAGAAUAUGGGGUUUGGCAAAACUACCUGCUGAGCAACAUAAUGAGAUUUUUGUACAAAGUACAAGUUAUUGAUUAUUAUUGUAUUUUAUUUUUCUAUGAUUUCCUAAGAGGCAUUAUCAGGUCUUACAGAUGGGGUAAGCCUGUUUAUUAAGAUAUUUAUUAGCAAAUAAAAGUUACAGUACUGGUGGUUA